UGACUGUUGCUGGACCAGUGUCACCUGGAAGUGAUUUCCUAGCUAAGACAACAUGAAUGAACAGAUGAAGAAAAUGGCAAAGACAAGUGGCCAGAAAGGGCCGGGCAGAAGGGGCCUCGACAGAAUGACUCUAAAUCAAGACGAGGCAAGGCCAGUUCAGAAUACCAGAGUGGAACCUCCCCAUGUAACAUACACCAUCCACGAAGAAGGUGAGAUUAGCCCUGAGAAUGAGGAAGAUGUCUUUCCUGACGGAUACCUAGAGUGCAUCAUAAGAGGGGAGUUUUCUGAGCCCAUUUUGGAAGAGGAUUUACUUUUUAAAUCCUUCGAAAGCCUAGAGGAAGCGGAACAAGACCUUUCUCGCCAGGUUCUGGAAGCUAGUUCCCUUCUCGAGUGUUCUUUGGAGUACAUGACAAAGGGGACAAAGCAAGAGAAAAGGGCCACACAAGAGGAGCCUCAGCAGACUGUUGGAGCGAACUCAGUUCCUGGGUGUUCUGAGUACUUGACAAGCAGGAAGCUCCCUGUUGGAGAACCCUCGGAAGUUGAUUUAUCCUAUCAUGAGCAGCUGGCAGGCUUUACUGGAGAGAAGCUAAAGGGAGGUCCAUACUGUGGUAAUAUCUCGAUGCUGGAGUGUCCUCAAGCUGGGUGCAAGAAGAAGCUGAGGGAUAAAACUGCCCUGAGGAAACACAUGCUGGUCCACGGUCCCCGUCAGCACGUGUGUGCAGAGUGUGGGAAAGCUUUUACCGAGAGCUCGAAACUAAAGCGGCACUUCCUGGUCCAUACAGGAGAGAAGCCUUUUCAGUGCACCUUCGAAGGCUGUGGGAAGCGCUUCUCACUGGAUUUCAACUUGCGCACCCAUGUCCGCAUCCACACGGGUGAGAAGCGCUUUGUGUGUCCUUUUGAUGGCUGCGAGAAGAGUUUUAUUCAGUCAAACAACCUGAAGAUUCACAUCCUAACCCAUGCAAAGGCAGGGAAAUGCUGAAAGUCGAGACAGAUUGUCCCAGGCUGAGUGGUCUUACUGGCAGAGGCACCGAGGAUCCAUGCAUUAUGUAUGAGAAUAUUAUUUGUAGGGAUGGAUUCUAUGGCUAAAAUAACUUUGCAAAU